AUGUCCGCUAAAGCCGAAAAGAAACCAGCCUCUAAAGCUCCAGCUGAGAAGAAGCCAGCCGCCAAGAAGACUGCUUCUUCCAUGGACGCCAGCAAAAAGAGAGUCAAGGUUAGAAAGGAAACCUACUCCUCCUACAUCUACAAAGUGUUGAAGCAAACACACCCUGACACCGGUAUCUCUCAAAAAUCCAUGUCGAUUUUGAACUCUUUUGUCAAUGACAUUUUCGAGAGAAUUGCCUCCGAAGCCUCCAAGUUGGCCGCUUACAACAAGAAAUCUACCAUCUCCGCCAGAGAAAUCCAAACUGCCGUCAGGUUGAUUCUUCCAGGUGAGUUGGCCAAGCACGCUGUCUCGGAAGGUACCAGAGCCGUGACCAAGUACUCCUCUUCCACCCAAGCCUAA